GAAGUCCUCAGUGCUGGAGGGGACCUGGAGGAAGGAGACGCAGGAGCCGGGAUGCCAGCCCGCCAGCCCACAGGGGCCGGAGUCAGGAUGUGGUCCACCUCAGUGGUCUUCUUAUGCGGCUUGCUCUGCCCACUAGGGGCUGCCUCCCGCCCUCCUCCUCCUCCACCCCAGAAAGCAGCAUCCAUCUUCUCCGACCUGACCCCAGCGGAGCUGCGGGCGGUCCGAAGCUUCUUGAUGAGUCGCUCGGAACUGGGGCUGCAGCCGAGCGAGGGGGGGACCCUGCGCAAGAACAGCCUCUUCCUGGUGGAACUCUUGGCCCCCAAGAAAAAGCAGGCCUUACGCUACCUGGAUGCAGGCGGGCCCUGCCCGAGGCGCCACGCCCGAGCAGUAGUGUUCUUUGGUGGCGAGGUCAAGCCCAACGUCACCGAGUACAUUGUGGGACCGCUGCCCACCCCCACUUCUUACCGCCCUUUUGGCCCACCCGUGGCCUACACUUCAAGGCCCAUGGACCUGCUAGAGUACCACCUCCUCUACCACAGCAUGCAGGCGGCCUUGGCCCCUCUGGCGUCGUUCCUGCAGGACAUCUCCGGCUUCAGCCUGGAGCCCUGCGGUGCCCGGUGCUUGACCUUCACGGACGUCGCCCCGCGAGGCCUGGCGCCAGGGGAGCGUCGCACUUGGAUUAUCGUGCAGAGAUCUGUGGAGGGCUCUUUUUUGCAUCCCAUCGGUCUGGAGCUCCUGAUUGAUCACAGAGACCUCGAUCCAGACGCCUGGGAAGUGCAAAAGGUCUGGUACAACGGGCAGUACUUCGACAACCCCGAGGAGCUGGCCAGGAGAUACGCCCAGGGCCAGGUGGACGCCGUGCGCCUCCCCCCGCACCCGCAGCACAGCCAGUUCUCCACCUUUGUCCCCCGAGGGAACUUCACCACGGGCCCCCCCCCAGACAGGCACGGGGCCAAAGUAUGUGAACCAGCCGGCCACUCCUAUUACGUGCGUGGCAAUCGGCUAGAGUACAGCGGCUGGAGCCUGGCUUUCCGGCUGCGCUCUUCCACCGGCCUGCAGCUCUUCGACGUGCAGUUCAAUGGCGAGCGCAUCGCCUACGAGCUGAGCGUGCAAGAAGCCAUCGCCUUCUACGGGGGGAGCUCACCAGCCACCAUGCAAACCAAGUACAUUGAUGUGGGGUACAUGAUGGGCUCCCUCACUCACGAACUGGCACCUGGAAUCGACUGCCCAGAGGUAGCCACCUUCCUGGAUGCCCACCACAUGUGCGAUGCCGACGGACCCGUCCGCUACCCCCGUGCCAUCUGCAUCUUUGAGCUGCCCACGGGGGUGCCAAUGAGGCGCCAUUUUGACAAUAACUUCCAGGGUGGCUCCAACUUCUACGGUGGCCUGGAGGGUCAUGCCCUCGUGCUGCGCACAACCUCCACAGUGUACAACUAUGACUACAUCUGGGACUUCUUGUUCUACCCCAACGGGGUGCUGGAGACCAAAGUUCACGCCACAGGCUACGUCCACGCCUCCUUCUACACUUCAGAGGGUCUCCAGUACGGCAACCGCAUCCAGACCCACGUCCUGGGCAACAUGCACACGCACCUGGUGCAUUACAAGGUCGACCUGGAUGUCGCAGGGAGCGGCAACAGCUUCGAGACGGUGGAGCUGGCGUUCGAGGAGCGCGGCGUGCCGUGGGCGGCGGGGCGGCGCGUGGUGCAGCCGGUCCUGCAGCGGCGCGGGCGGCUCCGCGAGCACCAGGCCGCCUUCCCGUUCGGCGAGCCGCUGCCGCGCUACCUGCUCUUCUCCAACCCGCGGCGGCGCGGCCGGUGGGGACACCCGCGCAGCUACCGCCUGCAGCUCGCCUCGCACGCCGACCGCGUCCUGCCGCGACACUGGCACGAGGAGCGCGGCGUCUCCUGGAGCAGGUACCACUUAGCAGUGACUCAGGACCACGCCAAGGAGGACCGCAGCAGCAGCAUGUACAUCCAGAACAACCCCUGGCAGCCCUCAGUGUCCUUUGAGAGCUUCCUCCAGGAUGACGAGAGUCUGGAGGACCAGGACUUGGUGGCCUGGGUGACGGUGGGAUUCCUCCACAUCCCACACUCAGAAGACAUCCCCAACACCGCCACGCCCGGCAACGCCGUGGGCUUCCUCCUGCGGCCCUUCAACUUCUUUGAUGAGGAUCCCUCCGUGGCCUCCCGCCGCACCAUCAUCGUCCGGCCCACCCAGGACAGCCUCAGGAAGGAGGUGACCAUUCAGCGCUGGACGCCGGACAGCCCAGGCAGCUGCGUUUCCGACAAGCCCUUCAGCUACAACGGCACUUACUCCCCGGUGUAGUCCACUCUCAGGUGGACCGGCCCAACACACGCACACCUGCCUGUCUUCCUGCAGCCCCCUCUGUGGAGCAGGUGUGGUCUCAGGGGCCCGGAUCACAGAUCAGAUACCCCAGCAGGUGGCCUCUGGCUCAGGGACCGAUCCAAAGAGGCGUCUCGGCUGUCACUCAUGCUGGGAGCAGCCACACCUGAGGCAACACUUGUGUACUUUGACUCAAUAAAACUGCUUUCCUAAAAUUCACAUUCAGGGUCGCUCACGGCCACGGAGCAGCGGCAGAUUCAGAGCUGGCAGAAGGGAGCAUUUCAUUGCAAGGCCCAAAUGAACCUGCAGCGCUCACUGAUGAGCAAGGUAGCGUUAAAAGGUAAUCAGAUCGCAGCAGUCACUACUGGUCGUGCUCUGAAGCACCGGGCCACUAACAGCCCACCUGUGGGAGGCUGGGCCCUUCACCUCCUCUUACGAGGGCCUCCACUGGACUAUUUGGCCUGCGGGCACUGGGCUCCUGGGGGAUUCUGCCAUCCAGGGGCGUCCGGCCUGCUCUCCUGGGAAUGUGGCAACACCGGUAUUCUCCUUGGCCUAAAAGCCACAUUGGGCACCCAGCCAUGUUCCUUCUGCCAAUUAAAUCACAUGUGAGGGGGGUGUUGUGGGAGGGGAAUGUGGGCUUGAAGACUUUUUCCUGAUGAGGGCUUCUCUCAGUGUUUUGCCCCAAUCAGGGGGUUGGGCUCAGUCACCUCUCUGGAGAAUGAGCAGCCUACCUUACAGGGCUAGUGUGAGACUUGAGAUGAAGAGCUUUCACUCUGAACAGUAGAAGUGGAUCAUCGAUUCAGAAUAUCAUAAGCCGGAGGUGUCAGAUGUGCAGCUGGGGGGGGAGAAGGCAGAUCUGGCUUCUUGAGGGAACUUGUCAGGACUGGGAGCCAGCUGGGACCCCCCCGUGCUUUCUAUAAGGCCUGGUGAGCAAGGGAGGGGUUGCCUCAGCUGGCUCCCGGGCCUGAUAAGACUGCUCAAGGCAGCCCCCCCCACUGCAGGCUUUCCAUUCACACACAUAUGCGCCCCCCAUGUCCUUCUGGCAUCAGCCAAGACUGCCACCCCCACCUCAGAGCUCCUCAGCCCGACCAAGUCAUGUGACAGAUGAGUUUGACACCCCAGCCAUGAACUGUAUCAAUCCCAGAGCUAUAUGGAGCGGACUCCGAGCCCCCCCCCCCCCCCCCCCCCGUCAGCAGAACUUGCCAGCAACGUUUCAAGAGGGCCUUGGUGGUGGUGGGUGGGUGGGGGAUAUCUGUGCUUCAGGCCGAGGCAAAGACACAGACCCUCCUCAAGCAGUGUUUUCUGUUUGCACAAAAGCAUUGCAGGUACACUAAUUACUGGGAUGUCCCUGCACUUAAGUGGCACUUCUUUGUUCCAGGUGAUGGUUGGAAAUGCAGAAUAAAAAAUAUUGAUUUUG